GGGAGUAAAUUUGGCCAUGCCGGCCACUUGGCUUGCGGUGCUUCUGUGUGUGAUUACUACGGUGUAUGCAGUGGAAGAGACAGUGAUGGAUACAAGGACAGCGACAGCUGAGCUUGGCUGGAUAUCAUUCCCUGCCAAUGGGUGGGAGGAGGUGAGCGGCUACGAUGAGAACCUCAACACCAUCCGGACAUACCAAGUGUGCAACGUGUUUGAGCCUAGCCAGAACAACUGGCUCCUCACCACCUACAUCGACAGGCGGGCGGCGCAGCGCGUCUACGUGGAGAUCCGCUUCACCGUGCGGGACUGCGCCUCCAUCCCCAGCGUCCUGGGAUCCUGCAAGGAGACGUUCAACCUGUACUACCUGGAGACCGACAGGGCCGUGUCAGAGGGUGUCAAAGGGGUGGAGUACUGGGCCAAUGCCCCCUUUCUCAAGGUGGACACCAUUGCAGCAGAUGAGAGUUUCUCCCAGGUUGAUUUUGGGGGGAGGCUAAUGAAGGUGAACACAGAGGUUCGCAGUUUUGGGCCGCUGUCCCGAGGCAGAGGGUUCCAUCUGGCUUUCCAGGACUUGGGUGCCUGCAUGUCCCUUCUGGCUGUUAGAGUUUUCUACAAGAAAUGCCCCAGCGUGGUGCAGAACUUUGCCUUUUUCCCAGAGACGCUGACCGGGGCAGAGUCUACAUCAUUAGUUAUCGCCAGAGGAAGUUGCAUCUCAAAUGCUGAGGAAGUGGACGUGCCAAUAAAGCUCUACUGUAACGGAGACGGAGAGUGGAUGGUGCCCAUUGGCAGCUGUAGCUGCAAGGCGGGUUAUGAACCAGAUAAUGGGAACGUGUGCCGAGCUUGUCCUCAGGGCACCUUCAAGUCCUUGCAGGGGGCAGGAUUAUGCCAGCAGUGCCCGCUCAACAGCCGGUCCACCAUCGAGGCCGCCAUCCUCUGCGGUUGUCGUAAUGGCUAUUACCGUGGCGACAUGGACAAACCAGAGGACGUCUGCACCAGCGUCCCUUCAGCUCCUCGUAAUGUGGUCUCGGUUGUCAAUCAGACCUCAGUGGUGCUGGAGUGGCACCCGCCACGCGACACCGGCCACCGUGACGACCUGGCCUACAACGUCCUGUGCCGGCGUUGUCACAGCAGCGAGCGCCGGGCGUGUCAGCCCUGCGACGACAGCGUGGUGUUUGCUCCAGGCCGACAGGGGUUAAAGGUGACGAGGGUGAAGAUCAGCAAGCUGUGGGCCCACACGCCGUACACCUUUGAAAUACAGGCAGUGAACGGGGUUUCCAACAAGAGCCCUUACCCCGCCCAGCAACUGUCAAUCAACAUUACAACCAAUCAGGCUGCUCCUUCAGUGAUUCCCAUAAUGCACCAAGUGAGCUCAACAAGCCGCAGUUUCUCGUUGUCAUGGCCACCGCCCGAACAGCCCAACGGCAUUAUCCUAGACUACGAGAUACGGUACUAUGACAAGUCCCAGUCGUCGGUGUUGAACAGUUCGAUGGUGCAGAGUGAGACCCCCAGUGUGGUUCUGGAGGGGCUGAGGCCUGGGACGGGCUACGUGGUCCAGGUCAGGGCCCGCACCGUGGCCGGCUAUGGAGCCUACAGCAAAGACAUGCUCUUCCAAACCCUCACUGACGAUGAGUAUAAGUCUGAACUGGGACAGCAGCUUUCCCUGAUAGCAGGCUCUUUAGUGGGUGGAGUGUGUAUCGUUUCAUUGGUGGCCAUCGCCAUCAUCUGCACCAGGAGAAGGCAGCUGAAGGAAAGUGUGUACGGUGAUAAACUGCAGCAGUACAACAAUGGAGGAGAGGUGACGCUGAGACCGGACAUGUUCAGUAGCCCCGCCCCCACUGUGACCUUUCCAAGCCUGUCCGAGGGUCACAGUUCACCGGGGGUCAAGAUCUACAUCGACCCCUUCACCUAUGAGGACCCCAAUGAGGCCGUGCGCGAGUUUGCCAAGGAAAUCGACCCUUCCUGUGUCAAAAUAGAGGAGGUGAUUGGAGCAGGUGAGUUUGGGGAGGUGUACAAGGGCCGCCUGAAGCCCAUGGGGAAAAAGGAGAUCGCUGUGGCCAUCAAGACCCUGAAGGUGGGCUACUCAGAGAGACAGAGGAGGGACUUCCUGUCCGAGGCGUCAAUCAUGGGCCAGUUUGACCAACCCAACAUCAUCAGGCUGGAGGGCGUGGUCACCAAGAGCCGGCCCACCAUGAUCAUCACAGAGUUCAUGGAGAACGGAGCGCUUGACUCAUUUCUCAGGCAAAAUGAUGGGCAGUUCCCUGUCAUCCAACUUGUUGGUAUGCUGAGGGGCAUUGCAUCCGGAAUGAGGUACCUGGCAGAGAUGAGUUAUGUCCACCGAGACCUGGCAGCUCGAAACAUCUUGGUCAACAGUAACUUGGUGUGCAAGGUGUCUGACUUCGGCUUGUCACGAUAUCUGGAGGAAGACACCUCUGACCCUACGUAUACCAGCUCAUUGGGGGGUAAGAUCCCCGUGCGGUGGACGGCUCCCGAGGCGAUCGCCUACAGGAAGUUCACGUCGGCUUCAGAUGUCUGGAGUUACGGGAUCGUCACCUGGGAGGUGAUGUCAUACGGAGAGAGGCCUUACUGGGACAUGAGUAACCAAGAUGUGAUAAAUGCCAUAGAGCAGGACUUCAGGCUGCCAGCUCCCAUGGACUGCCCAGUUGUGUUACACCAGCUGAUGCUGGACUGCUGGCAGAAAGACAGGAACGCCCGGCCAAAGUUCCCCGAUAUAGUCAGCAUGCUGGACAAGAUGAUACGCAACCCUGCAUCUCUCAAGGCUGGCACCAACAAUAUGGCUCCUGGUCCCUCCCAUCAUCAUCCCUUGUUAGACCGCGGGGCUCCCGACCUGAGCAGAGUGAGCUCCGUGGAGGACUGGCUGGCUGCGCUCAAGAUGACUCAGUACCGAGACUCCUUCCUGGGAUCAGGGUUCACUUCUCUGCCCCUUGUCACCCAGCUCACUGCAGAAGACCUACAGAGGAUCGGAGUGUCCCUGGCCGGACACCAGAAGAAAAUCCUGACCAGUGUCCAGUCAAUGCGACACCACAUUGAUGACCAGUCUCCUACUGAAUCUGUGUAACCAUAGAGGGGACUGAUAUGAAAUAUGCUGACCACUGUACAGUCCUUGAAAGAGUAGACUGGCCACUCUGACACCGGUCACCUUCCAAAAUCUUUUCAACACGCGUAACAAUUUAAAUUGACUGUGGGGCAAUUUAAAGUGUAGGCAAGCAGGAUUUCAACCACUGUACUUAUUUUGAGAAAGCGCUCUAAUCCCUCUGUAAUGAGAUUGUUGGGCCACAGCAGCCCCAAAGGGUCCCUCACUGAACUGAAUUCACUCACACCAUUUUGCUUCCCCAAAUGAAUCAAACUAAAUGCUCACUGGGAGGGAUGCAAAGUGGUCGCUGCAAAAGGAUGGCAGAGGUGAGUUGUGACAUGAAUCGAAAGCAUAAAUAAGUCCAAUAUAGAGUCUGAACUACGAGGGACCAUUUUGUUCAUUCAGAUACACAGACCAGUUUUGCAAAUGGCACACACUUUAAAUCAGACAAUCACAGACAUAUGCUCAUAAGACAGGUGCAGGUGCAAUGCUGUCUUUCUAACCACUGUAUCUCCUUACAGGACAAUACAGCACCUGCUUUUACCGACUUAGUGAUUUGAUUCUUGAAUGAAAUGUCCUGGUUUUUAUAUAAGGGAUAAAGCACCUACACAUACUACUGUGAAGAGAAAUUUGUGUCUGAACGACAAGCUACAUGGGCACAAACGUAAUCAAAAGAAUGACAAGCGGUCUCUAAUGGAGCGGUUGUCGAUGUAGAAGUCAAGACCCCAAGUUGGCCUUGAACUCACCUGAAUGUCUUGAUGAGCCUGUCAAUUGCUUUUGUGUGGGUUGGUAAAAAAAAAAAAAAAAAAAAAAAAAAAAAAAAAGCUACUUUCUGAAUCCAGGCGAUGAGCCUACCCGAGGCACUCUAAGCCAACAGAUGAACGGGACUUUGAAUCUUUGUCUUCAUAUUGAAGAGCCUGUAUAUAGUAGGAUAUGGGAUGUUUACUUCCCAUUUGUGCAUUUGCUUCCAUUUUUGCCAACAGCACAGAACGAUUAAUUGUCAUUGGAGUAUUUGUGAGUUCUGUGUUUCUUAUGAUUAUCUUCCGCUGGAUGACUCAUCAUUCGAACAAACUUUGACGUAUUGUGGACUGCAGUAAAAAAAAAAA